GGUGGGGGGGCGAGGAGAUGGAGCCCCAGCGUAAAGAGUUGUUGGAGAAAUGUUCCCAGAACUUGUUGGAGUCGAUAACGGACGCGGACCGAGUUGUGGAUGUUCUGGCUCACUGCGGGGCUCUGAGUCCGACCGAGCGGUGCGAGCUGGCGCACAGCUCCACCAACUCUGGGAAAGUGGACCUUCUCCUGAAGAUCCUGCUAAGUAAGGACCGAGACUGCUUCGCGGAGUUCUGCACGGCGCUGGAGACGACGCACCCGCACCUGCAUGCGUUGCUGCUGGAUGGCAUCGGACCAGUGGACCACACAUCUGGGUCCACUUACAGCGUCUUGUCCACCAUGCCAUCAGACUCGGAAAGCAGCAGCUCACUCAGCAGCUUAGGUACUUCUGGUCAAGCCUCCUCACCUCUCCCCACCAACAUCGACGGCCACAGAGUCAACGAGAAGAUGGAGACAGUCCUGUUCCAGCUGAGACAAGUGACUUGUGAAAGGGACGAAUUACUCAAACGCUUGCCACAUUCUUUACCUGGAACUACUUUUGAAGAAUGCAGACUAAACUCAAAAACGGGUCAUGACUACGAGCGCCUAAAGCUGCAGUGCAUGAAGGCAAUGGCAGACCUGCAGUCCCUGCAGAACCAGCAUAGCACCACCCUGAAGCGUUGUGAGGAGGCUGUGAAGAAAGCAGACUUUUACCGAUGUCUUGCGGGUGAGCACAAUCAGCUGAAAGAGGAGCUGGAGGCAGUCGGACAGCACAACAUCCAGCUGGUCAGAGAGUUGAACCACGUGAAGCAGGCCUGCGAGGAGCUGAGGAGGCUGCAUGAAGACGACCAGAGGGAAGUUUCUGAUAUGAGGAUGCUGCAGCAGCAGGUGAUGAGAGAGGGUUCAUCUGAAAUCCUAAACAAGAUGUAUGAAACGGCUGUAGACAAGUUGGAGGUGAUGAAGAGCGACUACGAGGCUCUAAGGAAGCGUUACAAUGAAAAGACAGCCAGUCACAAUGUGGACUUGAUUCGUUUGGACCAGCUUGAGGAGGAGAACCACCGACUACAGAAAACACUGGACAUUCUGUCUAAACAGAGGGACGCUGCCAUCCACUAUCAGCAGCAGUACUCCUCUUCAGUUAAAAGGUUUGACAACACUAAAGAACUGAACAAAGCCACAGCGCAGAACAAGGAGCUGCAGAGAGAGUUGGACCGGCUGCAUUCUGAGACGACACGGUUAAAGACCCAGCAGCUCAAGGCUGUGAAGGACUGCGAGAAGUACAAGGAAGAGCGGGACUCUGUGAUCAGCGAGUAUCGCUUGAUCAUGAGCGAAAGGGACCAGGUGAUCAAAGAGGUGGACAGGCUUCAGACGGGCCUGGAGGUGGCGGAAGCAAAGCUCAAGAACAAUUCCUCAGAGAGACGAGUGGCCAACGAGGAGCUGGAAUCUCUGCGACAAGAACUGGCCUCUGCACUAGUGGACAGAGAUCAAGCAAUCUGUGAAAAGAACGAGCUGCUGGAGAAAUACUGCCAUGAGGUGAAGGACAAGACGGAGGCUCAGAAGGAGCUGAGUCAGGCCUGCAAAGCCAUUGAGACAGUGCGUGAGGAGAGGGAUGUGGCCCGCAAGGAGAGGACAGAGGCCAUCAUUCAGAGGGACCAGCUGCUGCGAGAGUAUUACCAGGCCAGACAGAAACAAGACUCCGCUACUCUGGACAUGGAGCGAGCCAACAAGGAGAUCGAGAUGCUGAGGAAGCAGUACGAGGCCAUCUCUCAGGAGCUGAAGGAAGCGCUGCAAGAAGCAGAGGUGGCCAAAUGUCGACGGGACUGGGCCUUUCAGGAGCGGGACAAGAUAGUGGCAGAGAGGGAGAGCAUACGCACGCUGUGUGACAACCUGAGACGAGAGCGAGACAGAGCUGUGAGUGAUUUGGCAGAUGCUCUAAGGAAUCUGGAUGACAUGAGAAAGCAGAAAAAUGAUGCUACACGGGAACUCAAAGAACUAAAAGAAAAGCUGGAUAAUCAAUUGGAGAAGGAAGCACGAUAUCAGCAGCUGAUUGUUCACAGUUCACACGAUUCAGCCAUAGACACAGACUCUAUAGAAUGGGAAACGGAAGUUGUAGAGCUUGAAAAGCAAAGAGAUAUGGAUUUGAAUGCUCUUGGGUUUGAAAUUGCUGAAGGGGUAAAUGAUUCAUAUUUACCAGGCGAUAGCAUCAUAUUUGUCUCCAAGGUGGAUAAAGGAGGUAUUGCUGAAGGGAGAUUAAGGGUGAACGAUUGGCUGUUGAAAAUAAAUGAUGUCGAUUUGACUAAUAAGGACAGAAAGCAGGCGAUCAAAGCUGUGUUGAACGAGGAGGGGGUGAUCAAUAUGGUGGUACGAAGACGAAAGUCGUGUGGGGGACGGAUUGUUACUCCGAUCCAGAUAAACCUGGCCGGACACAAAGACUGUGGCAUUAGUUUGGAAAGUGGAGUUUUUGUUGCCAGUUUGGCUGCAGGAAGUCCAGCCUCCAGAGAUUGUAAUCUUACUGUUGGUGACAGACUAUUAGCGAUCAAUGGGAUUGAACUUGAUGACAAAUGUCUCUCUGAAUGUGAAUCUCUGUUGAGGAACUGUGGAAACUCUCUCAGGAUCUCCCUAAUGAAGUUUUUCCCACCGAGCUGUUCCGGACACAAUUUGUUUGAAAUGUUGAGGGACUCAGAAAAGACUUUGCGGUUCCAGUCUGGAGAAAUCCACACCAGGAGCUGCAGGAACUCUAAGCACAACUGCUCGACUCAAACUGAAAGCUACAAGUCGGGCAGCAGAGAAGAGCGCGUCUUUAAAGAAACUUGUGAUUCUUUGGAAAACGGCAGCAGCUCUCAUCCCCGCCACAAAACCUUUUCCCAUAGCUCCCAGCACGCCUGCUCGGUUUCCAUUUCCCACAGUCCUUCAGAGCCGCAUCCAGCACUCUGUUACCGGAGGCCGGAUCUCGGCCCUCAUCCUCUCACCUUCACCCCUGUUCUUUCUGAAGGAAACUCUACUCAGUCGUCUGUAGAUGGAGGGCAGAGCUUUCCGCUGAAGGCUGGUGGAGGGACAUGGCCAAAAGUCAUAAUGGGAACUUCUAUUACUGAAGCAAACCCACUGUCAAUCUUUAAAAAACCCAAACAGAGGAAGUCCAUCUUUGAUGUGGCUGCUUUCAGGAGGCCUGAGGCAAACCCUCAGCUGGACUACAUGUCUCAAAUGUCCAAGCACUCUCCACAAAGCUCCGUGUCUGAACCUGCUCAGACACCACCCACCCCACCAGCCAGGAGCGACUCGUUUAGAUUCAAACAUCGUCAACAAAACAGCUCUGCGUCCGACUCCACCAUCACCAAUGGCACUCCUCCUGCCUCUGCGGCUCAAGGCGCAAGCCCCCAGGAUGAGGGGUUGGUGGGGAGCCAGCUCUACUACGUCAACACGCCUCCAGAAAAGACCAAGAAACACUGUGAGGAUGAAGGGAGUCGACGCAGAGCAGAGAUGCAGGAGAGGAGGCGGUACCGUCCAAAAUCUGCACCAGCUCUGCGGCGGAAUGUGACUCCGUUACACAUCCCUGCUCCCAUGCAGACACAAAGUUUCUCUAACGAUGAGCACUCCCCGGAGCCAGUGGACUUGUUACGUUUCUCUCCUUUGAGGACUAAUCGUUACAGCAUGCCAUUUGCACCCCCGGGCUACAUUAGCAUCUCGGCACACCCACCCCAGCGACGUUUAGCGCAGUGUCCUGCUGUGGCAGCUGCUAUGAAGAACCCAGUUUAUACAACCUUGAGCCACGAGAUUCAAACCAACAACUGUCCUUCAGCUCCUAACUCAGGAAUCCAUCUUCAUUCACAACAGAGGCCCCAGAAUCAUGGACCCCUUAGUCUGGACCUCAGCCACAAGCGCAAUGGAGACUUGACGGAGACCAACUGCAGCCAAACACCACACGGCACUGACUCGCUGCCCUCUGCAGCCAGGCUGAGCUCCCCUGGUGCUUUACGGUUUCGUGCAGAACGCAUUAAGAUCCCUCCAGCUCGUUCCUGUCGCUCUGCUGGAUCAGACAAAGGCUCUCUUUCACACUCGGAGUGUAGCAGCCUGACGCCUCCGACGUCACCCGUCAACUUGGACACAUCGUCUUUCUCCAGCAGCCAAUCCCAAAGCUCCACUUCCUCCCAGCCCAGGAUAUCAGCCAGUCCUGCUCCAGCUGGUGACAGGAGGGAAGGGCCAUUCUUGGGAGAACCACGCAACGUGACUGUACAGAAAGGAGCCGAGCCGUUGGGAAUCUCCAUAGUGAGUGGAGAAAACGGCGGAGUAUUUGUGUCCAAAGUAACGGCGGGCAGCAUCGCUCAUCAAGCUCGACUAGAGUUUGGCGACCAGCUGCUCGAGUUUAACGGAAUCAAUCUUCGAAAUGCCAACGAGCAACAGGCACGGCUGGUGAUCGGCCAGCAGUGUGACACGGUCACCAUUUUAGCCCAGUAUAACCUGCACAUGUUUCAGCUGGGAAAUCAUUCUCAUUCAGGCUCUCAGAUGGAGUCCUUCAGCAACCAGGUGACAACCCAAGGUGACGUAGCUCCAAGCUGGGACAAUCACUCUGUCGAUAAUCUAAGUGAGCAGGACGAGGGGACCAUGACUCCUUCAUCCAGGCUGACCACUCCUGCCACAAGUCCUCACAACUCCUUCAGGCUUCCAGGCUCAGUUUCACUCAGAGCUGCAGAAUCUCGGUUGGUGAGGUUGAAGAGGAUUCAUGCAGAGUUGGGGAUUCAGAUUUGCGGAGGAAACAUUAAUGGGAUUUUUGUGGAGAUGCUGGACGAUGACAGCCCGGCGAAGAGCCCAGAUGGACUGCUGCCUGGAGACCUGAUUCUGGAGUUCAAUGGCAUCAGCAUGAAGAAUAAAACUAAAGAAGAUGCUUACCUGGAAAUGUUAAAACCAGCUGAAACUGUCACAUUCAAGGUCCAAAACUGUGCAGGCAGCCUCGCUGACAUCAAAGAGUCUCCUGCAGAUGGAUUCUUCAUUAGAGCACUUUAUGAGCGGGUGGCAGAAGUAGAGCAGGAACUGAGCUUUAAGAAGGAUGACAUCCUGUAUGUUGAAGACACGCUGCCAAAUGGCAAUUUUGGUUUCUGGAUGGCCUGGCAUCUCGAUGAGGGUGGACAGAAACUGGAAAAGGGGCAGAUUCCAAGUAAAUACAUGAUGGAUCAGGAGUUUUACAGAAGACACGGCAUGGCUGAUGUGAAGGAUGACAACGGCACCAGUAAGACCACGUCUGCUGCUGCACGAAGGUCAUUCUUCCGCCGGAGGCUGAAGCACAAACGUAGUGGAUCUAAGGACGGGAAGGAGCUGAUGGUUCUGGACGCCAUCAGUACAGACACUUUUCCAGUUACAGAAGAUGGAAUGAGCCUGAUGUACCAGCGGGUUCAGAAGGUGGACUGCUCGUUCCCCAGAGCAGUGCUCAUCUUGGGUCCUUUAGUAGAGGCCAUUAAAGACGUGCUGGUGAAGGAAGCUCCUGCCAAGUUCUGCCGCUGUCUGCCUGAAAUCAUGAAGGCGUCUCAGCAGGCAAUAGAGCGAGGAGUAAAGGAUUGUGUGUUCAUCGACUACAAACAAAGGAGCGGGCAUUUCGAUGUGACAACUGUUGCGUCCAUAAAGGAGAUCGCCGAGAAGGACUGUCACUGUUUACUUCACAUUGCUCCUUAUGCCAUCGAACGUCUUCACAGCGUUCACAUCUACCCAAUCAUCAUAUUCAUUCGCUACAAAAAUGCCAAACACAUAAAAGAGCAGAAGGAUCCGUUGUACCUGCGAGAUAAACUCUCUCAGAAACACUCCAAGGAGCAGUUUGAGGCGGCGCAGAGAAUAGAGCAGGAAUACAGCCACUUCUUCACAGGCGUUGUCCAGGGAGGCAGCCUCUCUCACAUUUGCACUCAGAUCAUGACCCUUGUGGAGCAGGAACAGAAUAAAGUCCUGUGGAUUCCAGACGGAGCGCCAUAAGAACUUCAUCUCACCACAGCUCGCCUGCAGCCGUCAUGUAGUGAUUGUUGUCCCAGCAGGAUUCACCAUACAUGGAUAUUCUUGUACACCGCAGCCGAGCUCCGUUAACAGCCAUCAGCACUGAUGGCGCAAUAUUCCACUACAGUAGUGAUGAACUGUACUACAGAUAGAUUUGUUUACACUAGUAUUUAAUACUUGAAUGUUUUAUCAUCCAUCAUAUUUUAGAAGCUCUGUUCUCGUUUUUGUUGCAUGAAUGUGUUGAACCACAACGAAUCUGCACCAAUGGAAACCAGAAGACCAUGUUGUUGAAAUGAAGACGUUAUGUCACAUGUUUAUAUGUAUUUUACCUCCCAUUUAAUUUAUCUAAUCAAAUGAAUGUUGUUUCUUUAAACCCUUUUGUACUUGCGUAGUUUAAUGUUAGAAUAUUUAUUUAUAGAGGAAAAGUACUGAUGUUGCAGUUUUUGUGUUGUCAUUUUCAUUUCAGUCCUCCAACAUGACCUUGUGCCAACUUUAUAAGUUCUUCUUGGAAAGCUAAACGCCACCACUUCAAGCAUAAACCAUGUAGCAAGUUUGGUUUAGUUUCACUACUUUGUGUCCUGCUGGUUCUGCUAAUCUACGUCUUUAAACACGUGACAUGUAAAGGGAUAUUUUAGAUAUGGUUCAUGUUUAGCUGUCAACUAUAAUUACCGUAUUUUUCAGACUAUAAGGCGCAAUAUCG